AUGGCCUCCGCAGCAGGAACCGCUGCCCAACCAACCCCUCCAUCCCUCUCUCUGCCCCCCUCCCAGUUCGCCCGGCUGCAACCUCACGCCUAUCUUCUCGCCCACUUAUCGCCUCCCUCGUCGAGCCACCACCCCUCCAUUCGCGCCAACGGCCGAGCUCCCUCGCAAUUCCGCAUCACUUCCGCAAAUACCGGCUCCCUGACGCACACCAAUGGCAGCGCGGUGGUGCGAGUAGGCGACACGACGGCCGUCUGCGGCGUGCGCGCAGAGAUCCUGCAUACAGACGACAUCGCCUCAUGGAGCGUAUCGCGCUCCGGACCCUCAUCAACGGAAGGAUCCAACAAGCGCCGAAAAGUGGAUGAGUCUCCGGACUCCGACUCCGACGCCGACGCCGACACCAACGAAUCUCAAAUCCAAGACCUCAACCUUCUGGUCCCCAACCUUUCCUUGAGCACCGGGUGCGCUCCGGGUUUCGUCCCCGGUGCUCCGCCCUCAUCGCUAGCGCAGUCCCUCUCCCACCAGAUCCUCACUUUGCUGCAUAGCUCGCGACUCGUGCGGGCCGACGACUUGCGGAUCUGGUACCAGGCGCCGAACCUAGGCGGCGAGGAGCUGGAACGGCAUAACGAGAGCGAGCAGAUGGAUGUGGACGCCGACGCUGCUGCUACGGGCGAGUCCGAGAAAGAGAUCAAGGCCUUCUGGGUACUCUACAUUGACGUCAUGAUCAUUUCGUUGGCCGGGAACCCGUUCGACGCGGCGUGGGCGUCUGUGCUCGCGGCGUUGCGGGACACGAAACUUCCGCGUGCGUGGUGGGACGUGGAUAACGAGACUGUGGUGUGUUCGGAUGCGGUCUCGGAGGCUAAGAAGUUAACUUUGCGUGGACUGCCGGUUGCGAGCUCGUAUGCUGUCUUUGAGGCUGAUGCGGCGAGUGGGUGGAGGGCUAUGGUUAUCCCUGACGCGGAGGAGAGGAAGAUCACGGAGAGUCGGAGACAGGGGAUUCAGCGGAGGUGGAUCCUUGCUGAUCCUGAUGGAUAUGAGGAGGGGUUGAGCCAGGAGAGGGUAUGCAUUGUGGUGGAUAAGGAGCAAGGUGGCAAGGGGAAGACUACGAUCUUGAAGAUGGAGAAGAACGGUGGUUUGGCAGUGGAUAGCAGUGAGUUGAAGGAGCUGAUUGAUGUGUCUGCGCAACGAUGGGAUGAUGUCAAGCGUAUCUUGGAACAAUGUUGA